ACGUUCGCGCUAAAGUAGAAAACAAAUGCCUCGUGCAUUUCAGGUGGUUCCUCCUUUCAAUUAUCUUUAGCUAUAAUCGGUCGGUAUUUGGAUUUGGGUGAUUCUUUAGCUGAAGAAAAGUUUACGAUACAAUUAUUUUUCAACCGACUGCUCUGUAGUGUAAGUCAACAACUACAGGUAAGGUUGACACUAACCUAGCCAGCUAAAAAGCUUACAGUAUAUCUGUUUGGUAACUUGAAUUGGAGUCAGUCAAGAGACAAGCAACAUUAGCAUUGAUUACGCAGACACGGCGGCCGUAGGUUAGCGACGUGUAUCUAGUUUCAAAAUGUUGCUAAUUAACGAAUUUACUGCCACUGUCACAUUUACAUUUCUGCCUGUGCACUUAUUACACAGCUCGAGAAACAUCGAGGGGCUUGAUGUAGUUCGUUAGCAUUAUUUGCUAAUGCUUGCGUAAACACUUAAACGCUAUUACACACCGUUAAAUAUAAAAGUUUGUUGGUGCCAGCCUACUGAAGAUCACGGAUGGCGACCAGUUGGAUCUGCUGCAACAACUGCUUUGCUACACCUUCUGCCAACAGCAAACUAGCUCUGUCCACUUGUGGGCAUGUCAUCUGUAGUAGAUGUUUUCUGAAGGGCAACGUGAAGGAGGGGGAGUGCCGGAUAUGUAAAGCAAAGUGUCAGCUGUUACUUAUUUCAGACAAGAGCACCCCUGAGGUGAAGGCUCUCUUUUCUGACCUUGGCUCUAAGGUCACAGCAUACGUCUCAGAGACCAGUAAGGUCUUACUUUUUCAGGCAAGACAUCGAACGAGAUUAUUGACACAUUAUCAACAAAGGAAUGAAAAAUUAGAAGAUGUUCUGCUUAAAAUGAAGCAAGAAAUACAAGAACUGAACACAAAAAUGUCUCAGCAGAAUACCUACAUAUUCAAGUUGGAGAACUCCAUUCACCAAAGUGCCAAAUCAGCCUCACAGAGCGCCUGGAGUUUACAACCUGCCAAAUCAGUUUCUUCCAUCUCACAGAUCCCUUUCCCUUCGCCAGUCUCAAGGAUGAGUGUGAGUGGAAAUGCCGACGCCGAUACCAUGCCUCGGUUUUGUAAGCCUGAGGUCCCAGGAAGCAUCCAGAGACUCUCCCUCAUCAGCCCGCCUCAAGAUGGCAGAAUCGGCACAGUACCUCACAGAGUGAGCAACCAGGCGGCACGAUCUCCUUCCGUCAGCCGGGACUUUUCCUCCUCCCUGAACCUGCGGAUCCCCAGAGAGGCAUCAUGGGAAACCCCCGUGUUUAAACCUCCCUUUAGAUACUCGUCCAUGUCCUCAUUGCGUUGAGUAGCAUGAUAAAGGAAACCCCCGUGUUUAAACCCCCCUG